CAUGUCGCGGGUGCUGGUGGUGGGCGCGGGGCUCACGGGCGGGGCGUGCGCGGCGCUGCUGCCGCGGGGGGCGCGGGGACCCGCGGCCGUCUGGGACAAGGCGCGGGGAGCAGGGGGCCGCAUGAGCACGACCCGCGGCGACCUGGGCAGCGCCGACCUGGGCAGCGCCGACCUGGGCGCGCAGUUCGUCACCUGCGACACGGACCUGGCGGGGCCGCGCCACAGCUUCUAUGAGGAACUUCUGUCUCACGGCGUCUUGAAACCGCUGACUGCUCCCGUGGAAGGAAUGGUGGUGAGGGAAGGCUCCUGCAACUAUGUGGCACCCCAGGGCAUCUCUUCGGUUGUCAAGUAUUAUUUAAAACAGUCAGGUGCAGAUGUCUUGUAUGAGCAGCACGUAACUCACAUCUCCCUCCGAGAUGGGAAGUGGGAAGUCUCCCGGAAAGUGGGGCUGCCGGAGCGGUUUGAUGUGGUUAUUCUCACCAUUCCCGUUCCACAAAUUCUCCAGCUGCAAGGGGACAUUGUAAACAUAAUUAAUGAAAGUCAAAAGCAGCAACUGGAAUCUGUGAGCUACUCCUCCCGCUACGCUCUGGGACUUUUUUAUGAAGCUGGUACACGGAUUGAUGUCCCCUGGGCUGCUCAGUACAUCACUGAUAAUCCCUGCAUACGCUUCAUCUCCAUCGAUAAUAAGAAACGCAAUAUAGAGUCUCCCGAAGUUGGGCCUUCCCUUGUUGUCCACACGACUGUGACAUUUGGAAGUGAGUACCUGGACUCAGACCUUGCAGAGGUGCAGCAGAUAAUUCUCAGUCACCUGGAGAGGAUUGUCCCAUCCCUGCCUAAACCAAGCAGCAUCAAGUGUCACAGAUGGAGAUACUCUCAGGUGGCACCUCCAAGAUCAGCCGGUGGUGACACCGCGGCCGGCGGCGCUUCCAGGUGCUGUGAAGGACGCGGCUCCACGGGGGCAGUGACACAACCCUUUGCCGAGGAGGAGCGAGAUGGGGGCCGGCUCUCAUUCCAGAGCCAAGCGAAACUUCUCAGACUCUGGGGGUGAAUGGAUGGAAACAGGCAAGAACUGACCCCCGGAGAGUUAUUGCUGAAUCCGGGGGUGGGGGGAGAUUUUGCGGUGAGCAAAAGAUUCUUGUCAUUCCCCAAUUUUCAUCCCGUAACAGCUGAGCAUCGCUAUAACCGGGUGCAUCACUAUAACCGGGUGCUUUGGGCAUCAUCCAAAAAAACCCAAACAAACCCCAAACAGGUCCUCGUGCACGGCGCCGCGUGUGGCUGUCACCCUUCUCCCCAGCUGCUCUGAACAUCUGGGGCAGGGGGCCUUGAUGCCGGGGGUGUUUAAUGCAAACCAGGGCCACGCGGGUGAGCAGAAAGCCCCGGCUGUGCCCCAGCCAAGCCCUGCCACGCCUGUUCGGGCCGUGCUGUGGGAAAAGGAGCCCGUUCCCCUGCCCGACCGCUCAGCCGGUCACGAGGGCGCUGCGGUGAACCGCAGCUCGGCGUGAGAUUAUCUGUGCAGCGCAGGGUUCCUGCCGAGCCGGGUGGCACCUCCUCCCUCACCUGUGCCGGUGCCGAAACAUCCUUCCUUUCUCAGCGCUAUCGUGCCCUCAGAUCUCUUCCCCCAGGAUGGUCACACACGUCAAGGUCUUUAAAGCAGAGCACGCCCUGCUGCGGGGACCUGCUUGGUUUCCCCCGGAUUGUUUCGGGGCAUGGAAGUGAUGCUCGCACCCUGCGCGGAUUUGACCGUCCUCUGCCAAUUUUUUCAGCCCUGACUAGGGGGAAAAAGUAGGGGAAAAAAAAAAAAACCAAACUAGUGGGCAGUCAGGCACUGCUCAGCGUGGAAUAUAGGUCAGCCUCCGUCCUGGAAGCUGCUUUCCUUGCCCAGAGCAGAGGGAAAGGGGAUGAGCUGGCAGGAGAGGAGGGGCUCUCCCGCUCUCCUUUGCCACCUUUUCAGAGCACAGAAAACCCCAGCUGGGCACCCCGAAGCUUAGGGAGGCACAGCCCUUUGGUGUGCAGGGAGCACACACGUGGCCAUCCCCCAUCACGGGAGAAAGGCAGUCUCAGAAACACUCUGGGGUUUUCAUCCUCGAGCUGCUCACAGAUGUGUUGUAGCAAUAGCCAUUGGCUGUGCAUGGGUAUUGAUCUUUUUGUAGGGAGAGCUGGAGCAAUUCUGCUCCAAAAACCUGGAUUAUCAGCCCCCUGCAUCCCGGUCAUUUUGGAUUUGCUGCCUCCCUCAGCACACCUGUGCAGUGCAAAUCCCACUUCCCUUUUAGUUAAGAGGCAGUUUUGGAGGCCAGCUUGGGUAUGCAAACCACAAGCACACAGCAAGCACAAAUUAACCCCACAACAUGUCACAGUCCAGUGUUCCAGCCAGCCCCAUGGCCCUUGCCAAAGGACUUGCCAAAGGAAUUUUUCAGCAGGACAAAACAGCUCUGGGUUGCCGAGAAAACUGGGUUUUCAGCCCCAAAUGUGGCUGGAGAUGGUUUCUGGCUGUUUCUGAAGGCAAAAGAACUCCUCAUAUUUGCACCCCCAGCACCGUGUGCCGGAACUGGGAAGCGAAACAGCGAUGGGGAGGGGAGGAUUGAUGCUGAGCAAGCAGCUCAGCUCUGUGGAGGGGAAUUUGGUCAGGCAGAGGGAGUUUCAGGAAUAAUUCGCACACCACAUGGCCAAGCGAUGCAGGGGAUGUGGAGGAGGGGAAAAUGGUUUGCCCUUGCUGCUGGCAUUGCACUGUGAGCAAGGUGAAACCAGGUGGGUCUUGUCCUACAAAGCCUGUGGGGGUUUCCCCAGGGAAACACCAGGAGCUGAACCUCCCUAUUUCCAUCCCCUGGUGUGUGGCUGCAGCGAAAGCAGAGACACAGAAGGUUUGCUAUUGCAAUGAUUCAAAAUUCCAAGGUCAAGGGUCAGCUUUUGGGCAGAUCCUGGUCAUGCUGAAUUAAUGGGAACCACACCAGGCUAAAAUCAAGGUUGCAGAGAGGGGUUGCAUUCACCUCUUCCUCUGAGCAAAUAAAUAGCAUAGGCAAAGAUCCACACCAGUUAAAGUGGUUUUGCUGGCAACCCUAGGAAUGUAGUUUUCUUCCCUCAAAUCUACCUAAAAAAUAGGUGACAUUUUCUUGUGGGACUUCUUUUGUUCUUGUCUGCAAGUGUUAUUUUUUAAGUUGGUCAGUAAGAAAAAAAAUUUGUUUCUAUAUGGAUAAUUUAAAGAAAUAAAAAAAUAAAAUACGUGAUUUGUUGCUUUUGAUUUUCCCUGGAGGUCAUAACUGGAGAUGAAAUUCCCGAGCCAUAUUUGCUGAUGCAAUGUACACACA